CACGUGACUAAGGCCUUGGCCGCGAAUGGUGUCAGUCGUCGGAUCCUUCUGGCCUUUCCAUGCCCUGCUGCGGGAAACUGCGCCGGCGCAGUGAGUACGGCACGUCGUCGCGGGCCGGUAACGUCAUCAGGCGUUGCGGACCGUGUGUGUCCCCGAGGCGCUAAGCUGAGGACGAAGAACAUCCGGCAGCAUGAGCGGCUGCGGGCUCUUCCUGCGCACUGUGGCUGCGGCUCGUGCCUGCCGGUCUCUGGUGGUCUUUACCGCGAGCCGGCGGCCACUGCGCACCAGCCCGCCUGUACGAGCUUUCGCCAAACACCUUUUCCUGGGCAAAAUCGAGAAGAAAGAAGUUUUCCCAUUUCCAGAAGUUACCCAAGAUGAACUUAAUGAAAUCAGUCAGUUCUUGGGACCCGUGGAAAAAUUCUUCACUGAAGAGGUGGACUGUCGAAAAAUUGACCAGGAAGGGAAAAUCCCAGAUGAAACUUUGGAGAAAUUGAAGAGCCUGGGGCUUUUUGGAUUGCAAGUCCCAGAAGAAUAUGGUAAGUCAAGCAAACAAGCACCCAGCCAGUCUAGCUUUUAAGAAAACACUCUGUGU